CACGUGACCAAUUUCGUCGAAUUGUAUUUUAAAUUUCUGUGCGCGCUCCUGUUUCAAGCGAAACGCCGGAGAAACCGAUAACCCGUCUUCGCCGCAAACAGUCUGUCUCUGCGUUAUUACUAAACCCCGAAAAGAAUAGCGCAAUGUCUGAAGAAAAGCCAAAGGAGGGAGUGAAGACAGAAAACGACCACAUUAACCUCAAGGUGGCUGGUCAGGAUGGCUCAGUUGUACAGUUCAAAAUCAAAAGGCACACUCCACUCAGCAAACUAAUGAAAGCAUACUGCGAAAGACAGGGACUGUCAAUUCGUCAGAUACGUUUUAGGUUUGAUGGACAGCCCAUUAAUGAAACGGACACGCCUUCACAGCUGGAAAUGGAGGAUGAGGACACUAUUGAUGUAUUUCAACAACAGACAGGAGGCGUCUCUUAAGUCGGAUGUGGACUCUUGGAAGAACAUCCACAUUAUUUUCCUGUUGUGUUUGUUUUCUCUCAACCCUUCCCCCCCCCCCCCCCGCCCUCUCUCCACUGUGCUCGGUCAGGCUCUUUAGAAUUGAAGAAGGUUCUUUAUUUGGCGCCACAUCCAAACUUCGCGAUGCAGGGUAAUUUUUUUAAAAGUGUUUUAUUCACAUAAAUGGAUGCUUUAAAUUGUCCACGGCAGGGACACGUCUCAGAUAGCAAUGGCUUGCAAUGAAGAAAACAAAUAACCCACUACAUUAUUUUUAUGUUUGACCAGAUGCAUCUCAUACACAAUAAGCUGAACUACAUGCCAAAAUCUUUCCCUCUUUUUUUUUUUCUCCUCUUUGUGUUCAACUUUUCCCAAAUGUUGUGAGCUUUCAAAUUCAGGGUGGGCUCAAACCAUUUUUAAUUCAUGUACUUUGUGGAAAAGUGAUGGCUGGCAGCCUGUGGUGUCUCUCUAGAUUGAAUAGAUAAUGACAACUUUCUGAAGUAAUACCCUUUCUUAGUUUUUUUUUUUUUUUUUUUUUUUUUUUUUAAGGAUCUUUCAAAAUAAUUUGAGGUAUACAUAGCCAAGAAGAAAAAUGGUUUGUGCUGCGAUUCCUAUGGAUGUGUACCUCAUGCGGUCACCCUUGACUCAUUGGUAACUAUAGUACAGUCAUGUUUCUGGACAAAAAGCUAAAUGAAUAGUUAUUUUACAAAAGCGUUUGCUUAAUGCAUAAUCUGUAGAUGUGACGUGGUCACACAGCAAAGAAGUACUCUUGUGUGAUUCUUUCCACCUUUUUACAGGAUAAAAUAAUUCACCAUAACCAGUCCAGAAAUAGAAUCUCCCACCAGUCGUUAUAUAUUUCACUCCGUGUAUAAAUAUAUAUAGAGUCAAUGUUGUGUUGCCAAUUUGAAUACAUUUGUCCAACAUCUACCCAAACAUUUUUAGUUUGUUUGACUCUUGUGUGUUGGUAAGUAGAAAUCUUGUUUUAUAAGAAUGUCCUUAAUUUUUGUGUCCUCAUUAGUUAGAUUGGCAGGGUGACAUCAGCAGAUCCCCCCCCCCCCACAGUUUUUGUUUUGGGAUUUGUACAUUAUUUGUUGUCCCUAUACUGUAUACAAUAAAUAUAGUUUGAUACUCUGCCUCUUGCAUUAUAUGCCUUCUAUUUGUGUGCCAUUCGAUUAAUCUUCUAGCCAUGCUGCGCCGCAUAAUGCAGGGCACUGUUCUUUUGGUGUAAAUAAACAUACAGGUAUUAAAGGGCUGACUACAUGGAAUUGUCCUUUUCUGAAUGUUGGUUUGAUUAAUAUAAUUGGUGCAAAUAAACUUGCCUCUUGAUAAAUGCUA